AUGGCUGAAGAACCAAAGUAUCUCCUUCCGGAGCCAGAAAAAGAGGUAGCACGCCUAACGGAGCAGGACGCCGUAAUCACCCAUCUCAUGAACGGGAAACGGAUCCUCCCCCCGAUCGACCUUACGAGGCCAGGCCUCCGGAUCCUAGACUCCGGGACGGCCGACGGCCUCUUCCUGCGCGCCAUCCAGCCACUGCUAACGGCCGAGGGCGAGCCCCCCACCCUCCUGGGCUACGACAUCAUGCCGAGCUUCUUCCCCCCCUCCCCCAUGGUCCCGCCCCACACCACCCUCGCCGUCCACGACAUCGCCGAGCCGUGGCCCGCCGGGCUGCAGGGCACCUGCGACCUCGUGCACCAGCGCUUUACGAUCCCGGGGGGCACCGGCGCCGGGAGGGCGACGCCGCGCGGGGUCGUGCGCGGCCUGUGCCGGCUCGUCAGGCCUGGUGGCUGGAUCCAGCUCGUCGAGAUGGACGUCACGGGCGGCGCGGGCCACGGGCCUGCCAUGCGCGACGCGUGGGCUGUUACCGGCGCCUUCUUGGCUGCUGCUGGGGCUGGUACUGACUAUAGUAAGGAUAUGGCUGGCUGGCUUCGGGAGGAAGGCUUCGAGAACGUUCAUGAUGAACGUGUUGACCUUGACGUCGGUGCGAGGGUCAAGGAUACCAAGUGGGCCACCCGGAGCGCUAAGAUAUUAGUAGAGGCUUUCACAGGAGUCGUAGGCGCAUGUAAGAGUGAGUUUAAUCCUGCUCUUAUACCUCCUAGUAAUGUUCGUGGCUUUACUUUCGUUCUACUGACACCUCAUUUCCCCGUUGAUUUAGUGAUGAAGCUUGACCUUCCCUCGUCGCUCUCAGGGUCCCUAGAUGAGAUACCUGGACGAGCGGAGGAAGAACUUACAAAGCAAGGUGGAAUCUAUCCUCUCGUGUUUGCCUUUGCGCAGAAGCCAGCUACUACAUGA